AUGUCGUUGCCGACGAAUUUCCCGUCGAGCAGUCGACCGGUUGGAGGCGAGGGUAGGCGAAUCCCAGUUUUUUCCGAUGGUCAUAAGGAUGGGGAAGAAACUAUAUAUAAUGCUCUUCAAGUUUCGGCAGAUGUCGUCACAAAAAAGGGUCAACUGGGUGUUGAUGUAUUGGUUACGUCUACAGAGGAAAACGCUGUGUUGGUUAUGGACAAUAAUCCGAUAAAUGGUCGCCAUGUGGAUACAGAUGCUGAAAGUUUGCGGCCAGCACAUGGACACCUGUUUGCUGAUUGUUUUGAGGUGCCUAUUCAAGAUUGUGAAGAAGUAAAAAAAUCCAGGAGUAAUUGGAAGCCGUGUAAUGCAGGAAAUUUUUCGGCAUUGCCGUAUUCCGACGCGACAUGGCAUACUGUGCCAGUUGAAGUUUUGACACCACUCGCAAUCAUUGGUGAAAACCUUCCAGUUGGCCCUCUUGUGCUUGAUAGUGCUUCGUGUUGUUUGUAUUGUAAUGCCAAGAAAUUCAUGUAUGAAACUCCGAGUUUCUGCUGUUGUGGCGGACAGGUUGUGGUUGCAGCCAAUCAAUUUCUUGAUGAGUUAUGCCAAUUAUAUUUAUCAGAAGAGGAAGACGCUAAACAUUUCAAGCAAUACAGCCGAAUGUAUAACAAUCUCUUUGCUUAUAGUUCUAUACGCGGUAAAACGGAAUCGACUACAUAUAAGGGGAUAUAUUUAUUUAAAAUGCAUGGGCAAGUAUAUCAUUCUGUUCCAGAUCUUCUGCCUGAUGAUGGUAGCCCUAAAUUUAUGCAGCUCUAUUUUUAUGAUGGCCAACACGAAGUUCAGAAUCGAGUGAAUUGUUUUCCUGAGGUACGGGAGGAUAUUAUUCGUAUAUUAAUGAAGAUUACUGAAAUAAAUCCAUAUGCAAGAUUUUUUAGAUCGUUGAGGGAAAUAGAGAUAGAUGAAGACACGCAGAUAGUAUUAUCUCAAAAUCCUGUUUCGGAUCAACGUGUUUAUAACGCACCUGUUUCUGAUGAAGUUGCUGCAGUGUGGCCAGAUGGUGCGUCUUCAAGUCAGAUUAGCACUCCACAUAUUAUUGUGCAUGGAAAGUCUACCCAAACUCAUCAGAUUUGUCAUUAUUAUGGGUGCUAUGAUCCAUUACAAUACCCGUUAUUAUUCCCUUUUGGUGAAUGUGGAUGGACUCAGAAUCUUAAGAAGCGAAAUGUUGGUGGGAAAAGUCGUACACAACAAGUUCCGGAUCCUAUUCAUUCCUGUACAGUUCAUACCGUGCAGAAUUUCUUAGACGAAGAAGAAUCACGCAGGUGGACUGUUAAACACAGGACAAGAGCUGAUAAGUAUAUCUCUCCAAGAGAAUACUAUGCUUAUAUAUUACAAAUGAGGCCUUCGAACAUGCUCCUUAGAAGUGGAAGAUGUUUUCAACAAUUUGUUGUGGACAUGUAUGUGAAGAUCGAAAAUUCAAGACUCGAUUAUUUGCGGAACAAUCAAGAUAUCAUUAGAGCCGAUCUUUAUCAAGGUAUUCUUGAUAGUGUGACAGAUGGAGAGACAGAUGCUUCAAAGGUUGGACAUCUUGUUGUUUUACCUCCGUCAUUUAAUGGAUGUCCUAGAGAUCUAAAACGCCGGUAUCUAAAUGCAAUGGCUUUAGUUCAAAGAUAUGGGAAACCGAAUUUGUUUAUUACCAUGACAUGUAAUGCAAAUUGGCCUGAAAUAAAGUGUGAAUUACAGCCUGGAGAGAAAGCUCAGGAUAGACCAGAUAUAGUGGCCCGGAUAUUUCGUGCAAAAUUGUUGGCAUUAAAAAAACAAAUUAAAAAAGAAAGAAUUUUUGGUGAAGUGGCUGCAAUGAUCUAUGUUGUUGAGUUUCAAAAAAGAGGAUUACCACAUGCACAUUUUUUAAUAAUACUGAAUCGUGAUUUCAAGAUAAGAGGGCCAUCUGAGUAUGAUAAGUUUGUUUGUGCUGAAAUCCCAUCGUUUUAUAAUCCUCGUCUUCGUAAAAUUGUCUUGACUCAUAUGAUGCAUGGGCCUUGUGGGAAGCUGAAUCCUAAGUGUCCUUGUAUGAGAAUGGAUGGGAAAAAAAUGAUCUGCAAAAAUGGAUAUCCAAAAGAUUAUAAUUCAGAGGCAGCAAACAACAAAGAUGGGUAUCCUGUAUAUAGGAGAAGUCCAACAGGAGAAAAAGUAAAGGUCCGAAGGGCUGAGUUAAAUAAUCAGUGGGUAUCUUCAUGUGAGGGAAUAUGGCGAAUAUUUGGUUUUGAUUUAUUUGAAAUUUUUCCUCCUGUUAUGCCAUUACCAGUGCAUCUUCCAAACAUGCAAUCCAUUGCUGUAAGACCAUUUGAAAAUCUUAGACGAGUUGUUAGAGAUCCUAAGCGCGCACGUACACCUUUAACGGAGUACUUUGCAGUUAAUGCGACAGUUGAUGGUGGUGUUAACCUUCUAUACAGUGAUUUUCCAGAACACUACACAUGGAAUUCAAAUGUGAAAAAAUGGAAAGACCGAAAAAAUGCACUCACUAUUGUUGGUAGAAUAUCCUUUGUCUUGCCUGCCGAAGGUGAACGUUAUUAUCUUCGACUAUUGUUACUUAAUGUACGAAAUUCAACUUCGUUUACAGACUUACGUACAGUUGACAAUUAUGUUUGUGCUACAUUUCAAGAAACUGCUAAACGGCUAGGCCUUUUGGAGGAUGAUGAUGUUGCAUCCAUUUGUCUAACUGAAGCUGCAGAGAUACAAUUACCGUGUGCUUUGAGACGGCUGUUUGCAACAAUACUGAUAUUUUGCAAGCCCAGUGAUCCAGCAUUUUUAUGGGAAAAGUAUUAUGCCUCAUUGUCAGAAGAUUAUAGGUACCAGUUUAAAGAUUGUCCCGGAAAAGUUAAACAACUCACUGUUAGUUUAUUAGAGCAACAUCUUGAAUCAAUGGGUAAAUCACUGAAAACAUUUGGGCUGGAUCAUCGGGCCUAUAAUGUCAGUGACGAGUUUAGGAAAACGAGAGACAUAGCAGAUGCUUUGAAUACACCUAUUCCUGAAGAAUAUAUAAAUUCACGAUCACGGUUGAAUGCGGCUCAACUGAAUGCAUUUGAUGUUAUAAUGAAUCACGUGAAGGAGGGAAAGGGAGGUGCUUUCUUCAUUGAUGGACCAGGCGGCGCGGGUAAGACUUUUUUAUACAAUUGUUUAUAUGCAGAAAUCCGAAUGAUGAAUAAAAUUGUACUGCCCACUGCGUCAUCUGGAAUAGCUGCAUCAAAUCUACAUUCAGGCAGAACAGCUCAUUCAAGAUUUAAAAUACCUGUUGAUCAUGAGAGUUGUUUUACGUGUGAUGUGCCAAAACAAGGUAGUUUAGCACAAUUAUUAAAAGAGGCAGCUUUAAUUAUCUGGGAUGAGGCUUCUAUGGCGAAUAAAGCGAAUUUACAAGCACUUGAUUUGUUGUUACAAGAUAUAUGUGAAAAUACGACACUUUUUGGUGGUAAACUUAUCAUUUUCGGCGGAGAUUUUAGGCAGACAAAUGAGCGUGGAUAUGUAGAGCUUCCUAAUGGAAUGGUACAUCAUUUGGAGAUUGACAGGGAUCCUAUUUUGGAGAUUAUAAAAGCUACUUUCCCAGAAGUUGAGAAAGGAACGAUUACAUCAGACAUCUUUGCAGAUAGAGCAAUCUUAACUCCGAUGAAUGAUGAUGUGGAUACGGUCAAUUCGGUUCUGAUUGAACAGUUUCCAGGAAAUAAGGUGAUUUACAAGAGUUUUGAUGCAAUGCUCAACGAUACUUGCAAUAUCUAUCCAUCAGAGUUUGUAAAUAAGCUUUGUCCAGGAGGAAUGAGUCCUCAUGAGCUUGCGCAUAAAAAAGACUGCCCUGUGAUUUUGCUACGUAAUAUAAUGCCUUCGGAUGGUCUCUGUAAUGGGACGAGAUUGAUUUGCAAGAUUUUUCAGCCCAACGUUAUCGUCUGUGAAAUUUCUGUUGGUCAAUAUAAAGGGAAAACUAUUUUUUUGCAUCGAGCAACUUUACGCCCUCCAACAAAUAGCAGAUAUCCAUUCACUUUUGAAAGGAAACAGUUCCCAAUUAAAUUAUGUUUUGCUAUGACGAUUAAUAAGUCACAAGGACAAACACUGAAUCAGGUUUCGGUCUAUCUUCCUCGACCGUGUUUUGCACAUGGUCAACUGUAUGUGGCUUUAUCUCGGGAAACAAAGGCUAAAAAUGUUGUUGUUUAUACAAUGAAACCGCCAGAUGGGUAUCACGUCAACUCGAUGUUGUAA